CAGGUUAUCAGCUGGUUUACUUCCCUGUUUGAACGCUGCGACAUUGAAAAAAACCCUGCAUGAAAUAAAUAAUAUAUAGGACAGUGUAGGCAGUAGUCUGCAGCAGGAGCGCAGGAACCCCUCCCCCUUUCUCUGCGUCAUGCCUUGACGGUACGGGCUUUUAAGUGUCACCAUGACGACGGCGUUGGAGUUGGUCUCUAAAGGCAUUCACCGCUUCUUCCGCUUUUGUCCUACAAAACUCUCAACCGGGAAAUAAAAAAGUCGCCACCACGAAAGAUAGCACACAGCAGAAGUUGUUUAUCUCACCAUGAGUCAAAGGACUAACUACAUCAUGACCUCGCAAGAAAGGGAUCACACAGCUGUGGACGGAGCAGACGGGGAGCUGUCAGUACCGGAGAACCCAGCUGACGAGCACGAAAUAGCAGAAAGGAGACUUGUUGAAAGCCUUUUAGAUACCAGCGAGGAAAACUUCUUGAAUGAGAAGGAGCUAAAUGAGUUCCAUUGUUACUCUGGUUGGGAGGAUGCUGUUUAUGGUUGGGCCAGAGUUGUUCCCCUGAGCUGCAUACUUUUGACUUCAAACACAUACAAGAAACCAAAGCAUAAGGAGGCUGACAAUGGAACUCCUUCAUCUGAUGACCCAGUACCUUCUAAUGCAGACAGCUCAGUCAGCAUUACAGAGCAGCACUGUGAGUCUCAUGCAGGCCUGGAUAAUUUUAAGAAGUUUGUGUCAGUAAAUCAGCAGACAGGAUCUUGGAGUCAAACUGCUAUGGCAGCUCAACAGACAGAUGCUGCAGAAUGUCCUUUCCUUAAAGCCAUGCAGAGAAAUCAGACACAUCUCUUACUGGAAGAAAAGAUAUAUGAGAGGGGGAUGGAUAAAGAGACACUUUCUCAGCAUCACCAUCUGUCUUCAAAAUAUUCUGUGCCAGAGAACAAGCCUGCUAAACCUCGGAAACAUAGUCAUCGUCCCAAUAACAGAGUGGUUCCCAUUAAAAACUUCACAUUUCUACCACCUAUUAAACCACCUCACCUGAUUGCCAAGGCCAGUGAUCAUCUCUGUAGACACAAGAAGACUCCAGAGAAACAAACCUCAGAGAAAAACUGUUUCCUUUUAGACAAGCAGCGUGGAACAAGGGGAACUAGAGUGGACACUGCUACUAAUUCAGAUAUUUCCACUUUCUCUGCAGCGCUGACCUCCAAGUACCAGACAUUUUGGCAAAACCCUCACAAUGUUUUGAUACCAAGAGGUAUUGAAUACAAUGUCUUCCAAACCUGACUCAAUGCACGUCUCUCACAAGGAAUUUCACAAAUCCAAAUGCACCCUGUAGAGCUGCCUCUUCUCUGCCUCACUUCACUUUUAAGCUGAAUGAGGCAUGUGAAAUAAACAUCUGUCAUGUGAACAUUUAAGUAUGCAGUAAUUUUAGUUUCUCAGGUACAACUAAGCAAAGGCAACAUCUUUUAUUAUAAAGGGCAUCCUGUCUGUCACCCUCACUCAAUCACAUUUCCAUUAAAAUACACUUAGCUGGAAGAAGAAAUUCAGCCUGGCAUAAUAGUAGCACUGGUAGUCGCUAAUAUUUUUAAAUUUGAGCAGACUACAACUUGGCCAGAACUUUAACAUCGCACUGCAGCUCGUUUCUCAUAAUAUAAACUAUGGCCAAACUACUGCAGCUGCUUAAUACAGUUUAACUUUUAUAUUAGUAAACAAGGGAUUGGUAAUUGUUAGGGAUUAUGGGUGGAGCCAGGGUUCUUUCUAAAAAUGCCAAGGGUCAUGUUGGUUUCCAAGGUCAACAUGACUCACGGCCUGUUUUCAGUCAGUUGUUAUAAUACUGUUUAAGCUGUGGCAAUUUUGUUACCUUAUUACAUUUAUUUGUAUUGCUCUAAUUCUUUUCCCUACCUACAUAGAUGUAAAAUAAAUGCACAGGCCUGGAUUUAGUAGGUUUAUACAGGGCAGGUUGUAACUGCAUCAAAAGAAGAAAAAAGGUACAAUAUUAUAAAGGUUUUUUGUGUUUUUUUAGAAAAAGCUAAUAGUGCAAAAUUUGUUUCGCACAACCAAAUCUUAAGAGACGAUGACAUCAUGUGUGCAAUUGUAAUACUGAACUCAAGAUCACUUGAAUAAAAGAUGUAUGACCCACUUAUGACCUUUUUAAAAAAAAAAAAAAA